CGAGGCGCGGGCGGGGCGAUGGCGCGCGGGAGGGGCGGGGCCACGCUGCGGGCCCGGGCCAUGGCCGCCGCCGAUGCCGAGCAGGCAGUUCCGGCCAAGGGGGAGGCCAGACAGGACUGCUGCCUGAGGACCGAGCUGCUGGGAGAGGAAGAGAUCUCUAUGGCUGCCGAUGAAGGCUCCCCCGAGAAGCCGGGAGGAGACGCCCACGUGGCUGCAGACGCCACCAACGGGUCCUGUGAAAGGAGUGAUACCAGCAGGCAUGUCAGCCCAACUGAGAACACUCAGGACAAUGCAAAAGUCAGCGCCCAGGAAGGGCCCACCAAACUGGCCCGGAUAGCGGAGAACGGGGUUUCGGAAAGAGACACCGACGUGGAGAAGCAGAACCAUGUCCCGGCUGAUGACCUCACACAGACGGCCGUCAUCGGGAGCAACGGGUACUUCCUGAGUAAACCAGCCCCGCAGGAGCCGGCCCUGCGGGUCCCCAGCACCUCGGCACCCUCCCUUCCCGGCCAUGCUGCGAAGACUCUCCCAGGAGCGGCUGGCAAAGGGCGGACUCCCAGUGUGCCCUCUCAGACUCCCGCCGCGCCAGCCAGGCCCGGGGAAGGGAACAAAGACUCAGAGGACAAGAAGCCCACGGCCCUGGGCGCAGAUGUCAAGGUUCAUAGGGCUCGGAAGACCAUGCCGAAGUCCGCCCUGGGCCUGCCCACAGCCAGCAAGGACCCCCGAGAAGCUCGAGGUCAGGAGGAGCCCGCAGAGGACAUGAGCAAGAACGUUUCUGAUUUUGGACGACAGCAGCUUUUGCCCCCCUUCCCACCCCUUCACCAGUCGCUACCUCAAAACCAGUGCUACAUGGCCACCACGAAGUCACAGACAGCUUCCUUGCCUUUUGUUUUAGCAGCUGCAGUGUCUCGGAAGAAAAAACGAAGAAUGGGAACCUAUAGUCUGGUUCCCAGGAAAAAGACCAAAGUGUUAAAACAGAGGACGGUGAUUGAGAUGUUUAAGAGUAUAACUCACUCCACUGCAGGCGCCAAGAGCGAGAAGGACCUGGGCGACAGCACCCUCCACGUGAACGGGGAGAGCAUGGAGAUGGACUCGGAGGAGGAGGACUCCGAGGAGCUGGAGGAGGAGGAGGACCAGGGCGCCGAGCAGGCUGCCGCCUUCCCCACGGAGGACAGCAGGACUUCCAAAGAGAGUGUGUCGGGGAGUGACCGCACCCACAAGAUGGAUGGCGAGUCUGAGGAGGAGCAGGAGUCGGCCGGCACCGGGGAGGAGGAGGAGGAUGGAGACGAGUCCGACCUGAGCUCCGAGUCCAGCACCAGGAAGAAGUUCCUCAAGAGGAAAGGGAAGCCUGACAGCCCCUGGGUCAAGCCGGCCAGGAAGCGGCGGCGGAGGAACCGGAGGAAGGCCUGCAGCGUGCUGGGUCCUGAAGCGUACACGUCGUCUUCGGGGAGCGCAGAGCCGGCGGCCCCGGGGGACAGCGCGGGGUACAUGGAGGUGUCUCUGGACUCCCUGGAUCUCGGUGUCAAGAGCACGCAAGCAGGGCUGGCUAACGGUCCCGACGCGGGCGAGACGGACGGCCUCCAGGAAGUGCCCCUCUGCAGCUGCCGGAUGGAAACCCCGAAAAGCCGAGAGAUCACCACUCUGGCCAACAACCAGUGCAUGGCCAUGGAGAGCGUGGACCACGAGCUGGGCAGGUGCACCAACAGCGUGGUCAAGCACGAGCUGAUGCGCCCGUCCAGCAAGGCGCCGCUCCUGGUGCUGUGUGAAGACCACCGGGGCCGGAUGGUGAAGCACCAGUGCUGCCCCGGCUGCGGCUACUUCUGCACGGCGGGCAGCUUCAUGGAGUGCCAGCCCGAGAGCAGCAUCUCGCACCGCUUUCACAAGGACUGCGCCUCCCGCGUCAGCAACGCCAGCUUCUGCCCCCACUGCGGGGAGGAGACCUCCAAGGCCCGGGAGGUGACCAUCGCCAAGGCGGACACCACCUCCACCGUGACCCUGGCCCCGGGGCAGGAGAAGAACUCCGCCGGGGAGGGCCGGGCCGACACCACCACCGGCAGCGCUGCGGGCCCUCGGCUCUCAGAGGACGACAAGCCGCAGAGUGCGGCUGCCCACGUGCCCGAGAGCUUCGACCCCGCAGGGCCGGCCGGGCUGGCCAAGUCGGGGCCCGGGAAGGAGACCCUGGAGAGUGCGCUCAUCGCCCUGGACUCGGAGAAACCCAAAAAGCUGCGCUUCCACCCCAAGCAGCUGUACUUCUCCGCCCGCCAAGGGGAGCUGCAGAAGGUGCUGCUCAUGCUGGUUGAUGGGAUUGACCCCAACUUCAAGAUGGAGCACCAGGGCAAGCGGUCCCCCCUGCAUGCGGCGGCGGAGGCCGGCCACGUGGACAUCUGCCACAUGCUGAUCCAGGCGGGCGCCAACAUCGACACCUGCUCAGAGGACCAGCGGACCCCGCUGAUGGAGGCGGCCGAGAACAACCACCUGGACGCAGUGAAAUACCUCAUCAAGGCCGGGGCCCUCGUGGACCCCAAGGAUGCAGAGGGCUCCACCUGUUUGCACCUGGCUGCCAAGAAAGGCCACUACGAGGUGGUGCAGUACCUGCUCUCCAACGGGCAGAUGGACGUCAACUGCCAGGACGACGGCGGCUGGACACCCAUGAUUUGGGCCACUGAGUACAAGCACGUGGACUUGGUGAAGCUGCUGCUGUCCAAGGGCUCGGACAUCAACAUCCGGGACAACGAGGAGAACAUCUGCCUGCACUGGGCGGCCUUCUCGGGCUGCGUGGACAUCGCUGAGAUCCUGCUGGCCGCCAGAUGCGACCUGCACGCCGUGAACAUCCACGGCGACUCGCCGCUGCACAUCGCCGCCCGGGAGGACCGCUACGCCUGCGUCGUCCUCUUUCUCUCCCGGGACUCGGACGUGAACCUGAAGAACAAGGAGGGGGAGACGCCCCUGCAGUGCGCCAGCCUCCACUCCCAGGUGUGGGAUGCCCUGCAGAUGAGCAAGGCGCUGCGGGACUCGGCCCCCGACAGGCCCGUCCCCGUGGAGAAGACGGUGAGCAGAGACAUCGCCCGCGGCUACGAGCGCAUCCCCAUCCCCUGUGUGAACGCCGUGGACGGCGAGCCCAGCCCCAGCAACUACAAGUACGUCUCCCAGAGCUGCGUGACGUCCCCCAUGAACAUCGACCGCAACAUCACCCACCUGCAGUACUGCGUCUGCAUCGACGACUGCUCCUCCAGCAACUGCAUGUGUGGCCAGCUCAGCAUGCGCUGCUGGUACGGCAAGGACGGCCGGCUGCUGCCUGAGUUCAACAUGGCGGAGCCGCCCCUGCUGUUCGAGUGCAACCACGCCUGCGCCUGCUGGCGGAACUGCCGCAACCGCGUCGUGCAGAACGGCCUCCGGGCGAGGCUGCAGCUGUACCGCACCCAGAACAUGGGCUGGGGCGUGCGGACCCUGCAGGACAUCCCCGUGGGCACCUUCGUCUGCGAGUACGUGGGCGAGCUCAUCUCUGACUCCGAGGCCGACGUCCGGGAGGAAGACUCGUACCUCUUCGACCUUGACAACAAGGACGGGGAGCUGUACUGCAUCGACGCGCGCUUCUACGGGAACGUGAGCCGCUUCAUCAACCACCACUGCGAGCCCAACCUGGUGCCCGUGCGCGUGUUCAUGUCGCACCAGGACCUGCGCUUCCCCCGCAUCGCCUUCUUCAGCACCCGCCUCAUCGUGGCCGGCGAGCAGCUGGGGUUUGACUACGGGCAGCGCUUCUGGGACAUCAAGGGCAAGCUGUUCAGCUGCCGCUGCGGGUCCCCCAAGUGCCGGCACUCCAGCGCGGCCCUGGCCCAGCGGCAGGCCAGCGCCCGGGAGGCCUCGGAGGACGGCCUGCCCGACACCAGCUCCUGCAGCGCUGGCUCCCGAUGAGACUCCACCGUCCCCCAGUGCCGGUCACCCAGCGGAGGGAGGGCCUGGCGCCGAGGCCUCGGGGCUGACGCUGUGCUGGGCGCUGGGCGCUGGGCCACCGGCAGAGCCCGGUCCUUUCCACGUUUCUCCUUUCCCUCCUCCCGAGGCCCUCCACCCGUGGACAGGGAGCAGUGUCCUGCUGCCAGACUCCUCCGCGGGCCCCGCCUCGUCACCCGCUGCUCCGUUAGCCCACCCGCAAGGUCCUGGCCGCACGGACAGGUCCUAGGUUCCCACCGUCUGCAAGGUCGGGAGCGCCGUGGACUUUGGAGAAAACGUUGGCUUCUUUAAGUAAUGGCCGGUCGUGCGUGGUGGUCCCGGGUCCGAGCUCCACGCCGCCUCCAGGGCUCGGAGGUCCGGCCACCACAGACCGCUGCGCUGGGCCACACCGCCCUCCUGUGGGCUCUGAUGACGGAUAAACUGAUUAUUUUCUACCAUCACUGAACAUGAGGACAAACACAACAACAGACAACGGUGCUGAUCCUGGUGUGGUUCCCACGCACCAUGUGAAAUAUCAACUGUACAAAGAGAACAAGUGGUUUUAGAAUAAACGGGAAACUUUUUUAAAGCUUUGUCUGUGGUGAAUAAACUCGCCGCUGCCUUCUGUGUGGUGGCCCAGGUCACACCUUUUUGUUGGCAGAUACUUUUUUAACUGUAACUAGUGCAGUAACCUUGGGGGUUUUGUGCGACUGAACAUUCAUACGCGGUCAUGUUUAUUUUUUCUGUUAAAUGUUUUUGACAGUUUUAAGAGCAGUCUUUUGGCUCGAACCAUUUCUUGUUCUGUUUUCAAUGAAAUCAAUAAAAAAAGGAAAACUGAAAGGAAGAUUUCAUUACGAGA